ACGGCGCGGCCGGGCGGCUGCUGCAACACGCUGGGGGCGGCCCCGGUCUCCGCCCCGCUCGGCGCGCCGCCUCGGCUCUUCGCGUAGUAAUUUCAGUUCCUGAUCGCGUCGCGCUGACUCCGGGACCCGGGCGAACGAGACCGCAGCUCGCGGGCCCGUAGUCCUCGGUGUGGCGCGGAGAGCACGGGAUAUGCGACGGGCACCCCAGCCUGAGCCUCGGGGACAGCAGGGCCGCAGCAGAAAGGUUUCCUUGGUGUGGAAAUUCAACAUGGCUGAAUAGAGAAGGAGUCACAUUGGAGCUACUCAGAGAAAAUCAACUAAAAACACAGGCUAGUUCUUCAGAGGAAUCAUCCCUGGCUGUGUCUUUAUCCUGAGCUCUUACAACUUCCCAGUAGAAACACUACGAAAGGGAGAGCACCUGGUGUUCUUAGAAAUUCCAUGGGGACUGUACCUAACCCUCUGAGAUCCACAAAAGCUUCCCUGAUUGCAGCUACUGGAAGAGAAAAGCCUCAAGAACUGCAGGCUGCCUCACCACAGCACCAAGCAGCUCAACUGGGUAAGGACACCAAUGGCCUUGCGGGCUUCCCUGCAAAGCCCAGCCUCAGCCCCAGAACAGCUACUGAGGCGCUGAUGCAGGCUUUCAAGCAUGAGACCACCCAGCCAGACAUGUCUUCUCCUGGUGUCUUCAAUGAGGUGAAGGCAUCUCCUACACACAAUUCUCCUGGUAGUUCCCAGCUGCCAGGAAGCAGUCAGCCCAUAGCACCAGCCCAGAGUCCUACAGGCAGAAAGGAUCUUAUACACACACCUUUGACAAUGCCAGCCAAUCAGCACACUCACCGGGCCACCCGAGGUGAACAACCCAGUGCCAGUGCCUCAUGGGUAUCUGAAGAUUCCUCAGUGACAUUGCAGAGAACCUCAAAUGGAGAGCAACCUGAGGGGUCAAGCUGUCCUGCAGUGGGCACCUGUGGCAGCAUUGAAGAUCAAGUGCUCUGUGAUUUUCCUUCUGAAGAAACUAUCCAGGGAAUGGCACAGACUCCAAAUACAGCACCCAUGGUGUCCAGUCCUCCAUCCUCUCCUGCAGGUGGACAAGAAAGAGAAAAGCAGCAAGCCAUCUGUGACUCCACAAAUAGGUCCUAUGAACCUCCAUCAGGAGAAGAUGGAUAUGCGGAAAACAAACAGCUCCAUGCCACUGCUUCCUCAGACACCCAAGGUAUAACAUCUGUGACAUCUCAUCUACCCCACCUCACUAGCAAAGGCUCAGCAUGUCCUCCAGAGAAGGAGCCGUUGCCAGCACAUGAGGUGUCAAGGUUCAAAGAAGCCAGCACAAUGACUAACCAAGUUGAAAAUGAGAAAAAGGAAGUCUCCAGCAGAGCCCAGCAAGAUGCUGAGGUACAGGCAGUGGCAAGCGUGGAAAGCAGAUCUGUCUCUACCAGCCCCAGCAUCCUCACUGCAUUCUUAAAGGAAAUCCCUGCCCCUGAGCUUUUGGAACAACAAGAGCAACUGCGUGUCAUUUGCCAUGGCAGUGGCAAUGGGAGCCAUGUAUUUGAACUCUCUAAUAGCAUGCCAGCCCCCCAGGAGUCCUGUCAGUGCCCUGCCACUAUGCCACAGGUGCACAUUCAGGCAGCUUCAGCGGCCUGCAGUCAUGCCCAGGAUAUGUGUAAAGAGGAUGGGAAGUCAGCAGGAAUGACCCCAGCUGAGGAAGAGCCAACCUCUAGACUGCUUUCAGGUACUAACUCUAGGUCCCUGAAGUCUAGCCCCACUGACCAGAUUUCUAGCAUCUCGGGCAAUGAAGCUGAAAGUAGUCAUGGUUUGGGGAAAUCUGAAACCGAGCUCUCUGAGUUUCCAGUGAAAACCGCAGAUGACCACAAAACAGGCUCAAAUUCCAAACAGUCUGACUCCUGUACCAGCAAAGGUGACCAGUCCAGGAGUUUGGAAACCACUAAUAAAGGAGGUGCAAAGGAGAGAAAGUCUGAAUCUUCUCAAAUAGUAAAAAAGCAAGAGUCUGUUGCCACCAGUGCCCCAGAUGCCAAGACACUACUGCUCCAUCCUAAAUCUCAAAAAAAUGGAGGCACAGGAUCCACACCUUCCCCACUUAAGAACCAGGAGGGCAUCUCAGAAGACAACAGACAGACCAAGACAGCCACGAGCCUGAGCUUGCCAUCCGAUUCCAUGGGGGACUCCAGCCCAGGUUCUGGAAAGAGGACCCCUUCUCGCUCUAUCAAAGCCAGCCCUCGCAGGGCCAGCCGGGUCAGUGAGUUCCUCAAGGAGCUGAAUGUGACAGCAGCUGCUGCUCAGGUGGGGCUCACGCCAGGAGAGAAGAAAAAGCAGCUGGGCACAGACUCCAAGCUGAAACAGUCCAAGCGUGUCAGGGACGUGGUGUGGGAUGAGCAGGGCAUGACCUGGGAAGUGUAUGGUGCCUCCCUGGACCCGGAGUCCCUGGGAAUUGCUAUCCAGAACCAUUUACAAAGACAAAUUAAGGAACAAGAGAAAUUAGUCAAAACGCAAAGCGGUCAGGCCCGGAGAUCCAUUUCCUCAGAUACUUCUUCAAAUAAGAAGCUCAAAGGCAGGCAGCAGAGCAUUUUCCAGUCCAUGCUGCAGAACUUUCGACGCCCUAACUGCUGUGUCCGUCCUGCCCCAUCUUCUGUGUUAGAUUGAAAGGGAGUCCAAGGAUACAUCCAUGGUAUUCAUGUGUGUCUGUGUGUGCCAAAGCUUCCUUAGCUUUCUUCUGAGAGACCAGCAAGAAAAAGCAAGUGUUAACUACAGCAACUUGCUUAAAAAAUUGUUGUCCUUUAACUGACAGUCCAUAAAUAAAAAUGCCAUUUCAAUUUCAAAGAAAGCAAGAGAAGAAAAGCAAGCUUUUCCAAAGGUUUUCAACCUUAAUUAAAUGAAAAUACCACUCAGUGGGUUGUAAAAAAAUACAUGGUGUUGCUUAUAGAAAUAACAUUACCAAUGUACAUGUGUCAUUUUGUAUCACUGCCUCAAUUUAUCACAUGAUGGUAUUCCCAUUAAAAAUCCUUGCUUUAUAUUAAAAAGUGAAAAAACACUACUAGCAAAAAACUUACACUUUGCAGUCCUAUUACAGUAAGAAUAAUGUUACCACACAAAAUUUAAGUAGGUGAUAAGAGCCACAAUGUAAGAAAGUUGAAACAAAUUUAACUUAUUCAUAGGCCAGAUAUCAUCAAAUAAAACCAUUUAAAUAUAUAAAAUACCAAAUAUGAAUUAGCAUUGGUAAAUGUCUCAGACAACCCUUUUUUUAAACCUUGUUACACAUACGAGAAAGUAAUGUUAGGAAAAUUAACUAAGCUUUUGAAUAUGAAUACUAUCUUCAUCAAACAUGGAUUUAUAUGUAUACUUUUUUGUUCAGAAUCUGAACAAAUUAAAUUCCUAUUUUCUUACCCCCAGAGAAAAUAUAUAAAACUGGAUUCUUGAAGAGAGUCAUCAAAUUAUAAUAAUAGCAAAUUUUAUGUUAUCCUGUAAUAUUCUACUAAGAAUAUUACCUUUCUGAUAUGAAAUAAUAAAUAGGAGAUUACCAAACACUUUUCUCUGUGUCAAUACAAGGCAAGCCUCCUGAGUAAUAGAAACACUAUAUUUAAUCUGAACUCCUGUAAACAGCAUGAAAUUUGUGUUUUUCUUUUGAUUUGGCUUGGUAGCUUCUAGUAAUGAAUGUAAUCAACACCAAAUGGAACACAGGCUUCCUUAGGUGAGACAAAUAUUAUUUAAUUGCUUAAGUCUAUGAUCUGGAGUAAAAAGGUAAUUUCUGAAAAUUUAUUGAAGUUAGUAGAGAUACUAUCAUGCCUCCACCUUCAAACCCAGCAGAAGAGGUCUUUAAGAAACCACAGUUUGAGCAUUGAGAGGGCCAUGUCCCCUGAGAACACAGGAACCUGCUUGAGCUUAGCUCGCCCUCAUCUCUAGAAGAGGAGGGUGUCCCAGAGACCCUGCCAAGGCCUUGGUGACCAACAAUGGUGUGCAGGUUGGGGUACUGGAGAAAAGGGCAUGAACUAAAGCACUAGAAAGGCUUCCCUUCCUGGAGUCAUUGUAGGGAGAGCACUAGUCUCCAUCUUGGAUUAAAAUACUGGUACAUGUUGGAGAGGUGCUGAUUUAUCUCCUAUGAAUUCAUUCCCCCACUGAGCCAGCAAAGAGUAUCUGACCAUGUAUGAUUUUUUUCAGAGACUCAAGUACCAUUGGCACUGUCAGUUCACAAUAUCUAGUUUGGCUUUUUUCGACUUAAAGAGGGAAAAAUAUCAAAAUAUCAUACCUGAACUUUAACAUCACAAGCUACACUGGCCCCAACCCAAAUUAAUAAAACAGCUUUGAUUUCUUGCAAAGCAAUUUAACUGUGUAUGCAGCCUGCAUAAGUAGACACAGUGACAGCAUUGACAGCAUUCUCACAGCCUGAGAAUGGUAAUUACAGUUGUUAUAUCUGGAACUUAUAAUGAAUUUUAUAAUAAGGCACAUUUUUCAGUUUCUUACUAAUUGGCCUCUAUUAAAAACACUAUCUAAAGUAGAAAUUACCAUCAAAUUACCAAAUUACUGUUAAUGAUUAGAGACUUAGUUUAAAACUUUUGGCCUUAAGUACCCAUUUAUCUCACAUGCCUUUGCCAGGACAUAAUCUGUCUUCUCUCUCUCUUGCUCUUGGGCUGUCUCCAACCCAGGCUGGCACACGUGCUGUGUGUACACAGGGUACACCUUGUGUACACAGGGGCAGCCGUCAACAGGGCCCACUUGAGAUGGGCAGGUCCCCAGGUAAUCCUCGGCUGUGAGGCAGUUAGAACAGGAUGUUCCUGCAUUAAAACAGAAAAGAAAGAAUUCAGCAUCCAGCAAUAAUAUUUAUUUUCAUGAGUUUAGAGUAACCACAUGAUUGAUAAAUAGUUAAUUGAAGCAGAGGCCCAAGAGAGUUGUAGGCACUUACACCGCAUUAAAUAAAUCAAAACUAUUCAUUUGAUACCGUAGUUGUAUUUCUCAAAUGAAAUCUUCAAGAAAAAAAUGCUUGAUGUCAGUAAGUUUGGUUUUCUUUGGUGCUAAAACUAACUUCUUGACUCCUCUAACACUCUAGAAAUUGUCACAAAAUAGAUCAAACCCUUUCUUGUUUUGUUGCUUAUUGAAUCUUAUAGAACACCUUUUAGAAAUAGUCAAAUGGAUAAAAAAGAGAGGAACCUAUUUAAGACAGAGCUUUGACAAUAAAUACUUAUUUGAAAUUUUUCCUUCACUUCAGUCUGUGACACAGCAUUAGAAGUUUGCACAUCGUUUGAGAUCCCCUGGGUUCAUUCAAUAGAGGAAGUUACAGAAUCAUUUUUCUAGCAGAUCCUGUGAACUUUCUCAGUUAUUCCUUGCUUUACCUGCAUUACACAUACUGGGUUGAAAGUCACUUGAUUUUCUUUAAUACCUUUUACAUAUGUAUCUUUGUUUUUGAAAUAUAUAUAAGAAAUAUUUUAUUAAAUCAAGAUAUAAAAAAUAGUUCUUAACCCAGUAAUAAAAGUGGUGAGUUAAACUUCAGUUCAUGGGGCAAUCACUCAACAUUUACAAUGUGAAGAUGUUAUACCACUUACCAAGUAAAUAUCAGAAUUUUUUAAAUUAAAUAUUGAUUGUUCUAUUUUUAUGACCACAAGAAAAAUAUCAUAGCUCUAGCUACCAUAUGUUUAUCUUGAAUGCUUUUCUAAUUAUGUCUUUUUGGAUUAGUGGCUCUUGAUGCCACAGGCCAGCUACUUUACAUUCAGUAAAAUCCUGAUUAUCCUUUCUGUUUUGGGUCGUAGCCUAAACUGAACAUUUUGUUAAGUCAAGGUUAACCAGAAAGCUCUUUCUUUGUGUCCAAAGUGAAAUAUUUAUAAAGUGUGUUAAUAUAUUUUCCUACCUUGACAGGUCCAGCAAUAUUGAGUGUACUUUGGUCUUUGGUAAUGUUUUAAUUUUCAGAAUCAUCUGAUACUAAGUAUAUUUUAAAUACCAGUAUAGGUUAAACAAUUGAAAUAAAUUGGACUGAGUUUGCAUGUGUAGCAUAUAACACAGAGAUUGGAUUUUGAAACCAAAUUCGUAACAGGAACUUUCUGUCUUAAAUAAGAAGAUAAAAAUGACAUUUGGUUGUAUUCCAGAUUAUUGAGGUUUUACCAUCCCUAGUUUAUUCUAAUGUUAUUCUUUUCAUUUUAGGGAAUCUCCAUAAUUCUGGGAAUAGUUUGUACCACCCAAAAAAAUAGAAAACAUUAUGAUUUUAAAAUUUGUUUACAGAUGCUAUAUACAAGUAUACUGUUAACAUAAAUUGUCUGGCCUUUGCUGUAUUUACUGUUACUGUUUUGCUGCCAAAAUGUGACAAAUUAUUGUCUUCUUUUCCUCCUACAUAUUUUGCAAGUGUUAAAAAAUUGUCCACUUCUACUACCACAUAAUUCACCAUAUCCCUUUCCUACAUUUUCAGAUUCAGUAUAAAGAAAAACAAUGUAUUAGGAUAAGGUUUGCAGAUAUGUAUAUGUGUUUUUAUUGAAAACUGGGCACUUACGGCCUUGUAUAGACCUCUACCUGCCUGAUUUACUAAUUAUCUACAAUGCUGCCAUGGAGAUGGGGCUGUUUACUCUCUCCUGCUUUGUCCUACGUGGUGUUUGAAAAAUGAAGCCCGUGAAUUUCCCUCUGUGAUAAGAGCACAGUGAACUAAGAGCUGACCACCUCGUCCCCACCCCUGGUUUGUAGACACAGUGAAUCAGAAGUCUUGUCCAUGUCCGCUUCAGUGUUUGCCCUUUCACAUUUAUAUCUGAGCAUUUUGUUUUCUGUGGUGAGCAGUGUUCCUUUGCAUAUGUGAUCCGUUUGGUUGUCUCUUUUCAAAUGCAAGUCAGCUGCUGCUGUCUGGCAAAUAACAGGAGAUUUGCUGAAUCUCUUGUCCAUCCUUAUAACUAUAUCCUUCUUAAUGAAAUUCUGCAACUGGCUGAGUAAUUAUAAAUGUCAUCUGUGCAGACACACGAGCUUAAAAAUGACUGCACAAUUUUGAACAUUAUUUUUUGCCAAAGGAGAAAGAUAGUGUCAUAAAUGCUGAAACAUUUCCAUGAACUUUAUCCUACUUAGAAAAAAAUAAUUCUCCUUGACUACAAAAAUCAAAUAAAUUUGGUUUGCAAGGACCAAGGACAUAAAUGAAGAUGAAUUGAGGUGGAAAAAUUCUGUUUCAUAAGUAAUCAGUGGCAUCUGCCAGAGGACAUUACAGCUACUUUUAACUGUGAACACUCACCAGCUAAAUGACUCACUUGCCACAACCAAAUAACCUCUCUCAAAGUAAAUCCAAUACAGCUGUAUAUAUGUGUAGAUAGAAACAAAAAAAAUUCCUGAAACAUUACUUUUGGCUGUUAGAAAAACCAAGGUGAUGAUAAUUAUAAAGAAUAUUCAAAUAACCAUGGGACAUGAAGAAAUGACUGUUGGGCCAGAAUGGUGCAACAAGAUGUUAUUUACAAGUUUUUUUAAGACCCAGAUAUCUCAGAUAUUAAUCAUGAGAAUAAAGACUAUUGAAUAUGAAAUUAAAGUCAAGCAAUAAUGUGCCAAAAAUGAGGCCGUUAUACCAUCAAGUGCAUCUAUUAAGGGCACAACAUUAUAUAACUGUGGUUUUCUCUGUGAAGACUGACUAGAACCCAGAGGAUAAAUUAGGAUAAUGAUGUGAAGGCAUCGUUUCUGUUUUCUUGUUGGAAAAGAAACUUGUUUAGGAGCUUCAUAAAGAGAAGCAACACUGGUGAGCAUGAGUGGAGACACAGGUAACAUCUCUGCUUUCAUGCCAGGCAGGAAAGAAGAGGACCCACUAACAGUUUUGCUGGCUUAAAACUCAAGAAUGUUCCAUCAGAAAUUGUGUUGAAUGACAGGGUUAAACUUAUAGUAGUUACUCUUCCUGGACACUAGCAUGUUAGAAAGCAAUUCAAUUAUCUCUGCCCAGAGGAUUGCCAAACUUAGUUAUAAAAAAUGGGCUCCCAAGUGUAAAAUUAUGAAAACCAACUACUUGUAUCAAAAGGGGCCUCAAAUAAUGCCUUACAGAAAAUGAUGUUCCAGAUGGUCAUUUCUAAAUACCAAUUCUUCAUGAAGUAUCUUUCUGGGUUCAAGCUCCAAAUUAAUUCGCUGCAAAAUAGUAGGAAUUAGAAUUACAUAUUUUACACUUCAGGAAGAGAUACUUAUCAUCAACCAGUAUGGUGAUAAUUAUGAGAUACAGUAGUGAUUUAAUUGUGUUAGGGAGAAUUCAAUGGAAGAGAAAUACUUCUUUCCUGAUCUCUUAAAUGUGGAAAUGUCAUCAAUUUAUCUCUGGGGAGAAAACUAUAACUUGCUUUUUUUUUUACAUUGCUGCUAGUAUAAUUACUCUUUGUUAUUUUAAAAAUUAAAUUCUUUUUUUUAGAAAAAAAUUUUAAGCACUUAAGCAAUUUCUGGUUCAAAUCAUUGCUUUUAAUUACAUGUAAAAGCUGUGUGUAAAGAAAACUAUAUUGGAUGAGCAGAAAGGGCUUACCUAUGCUAAUCAGCAUCCUUAAUGAUUUUAGUUUAGAUUUCUUUAGCAUUUGUUUUAGACCACAUCUUUGAGUACAUUUUUGUCUACCUGUCUUAAAUUGAAGUAGGUAAACUGGAAGAUUGCAGUAUUAUAGACCUACUCUUUAACCCCUGGAGGAGAGGAGAGACCAAUUCUUAGUUUAAGGGCAUCUAGAGAUGCCUUGCGGAGGUUAAGAAAGGUCAAGAUGCCCUGAAAUUCAAGAAAAAACAUAAACUAGCAAUUAUUAAAUUUCUAACUGUAUUUAUCUCUGCUGUACUAAUGUGUGAGCAAUAUGUUGUGCAUAAUACUGUAGUUGGUUGUAGUACAUUCUGUAAGUGUGUACAGUCUGUGAGUAAUCAAAUUACUAUUUUUAUGUGUAGAAAAAAAUAACAUGCUGUAUCCCAUUUAAAGGCCAAUUCCCAUCAUCCAGUAGACACAUGUACAAAAGUGAAUAAAGCCAACAAAAGUGUGCUUGUGUAUUCAGUAACGGAA